AAAUUUAAAAACUAGGCUAAUCGCUCGAAGGAUAACAACAAAACAAAUUGUGCCAUUGUUUUGAUCUGUAAAGUCAAAGUAAAAUCAACUCAUCAAUCAUGUACGCAACUGGAGGAAGGGGUACAGAACGUUUCAUUUCAAAGGAAAUUCAAGAAAGACUUGGAGUUAAGGAGAAAAAUAUCCUUGUUCGAGAUGGAAAAGUCUUUUUUGAGCUUCCAGAAGUUGACUAUCAAGUUAAUCAACUCUUGAUGCUCAAAUGUGCAGAACGAGUUUUUGUAGCCAUCAAAGAUUAUGACAACAAAAGUUUUCUAGCCAAUAAAAGAUGUUUCUUGGAUAAACUGAUGCAGGAACUCACAUUGAGCAUAAAUUACACAUUUGCACAAAAAGUGCUUCAACAGCUCUACUGUUGUCAGUUCUGUGGACAGAGGAAGGAGGUUGAGGAAAAUGCCCCCAAGUCCGAAAUAGAAGUUGGACUAAAUGUUAUAAAGAGAUGCAGUACCGAUGGAAGUGACUUUGAGGUGAAAUUGAAAAAGAUGAGAAAAGUGAGUUCAUCUCAUUGUACAGACUUGGUUGGGGAUGGCAAUGACUGUGAGUCCCUUGACGUUUCCAAUGAUCUCCCCUUGACCAAAAGUAGUGGACAGAGGGAACAUGAUGCCAGUUCCAUCAGAAAAAAUGAAUGCGCUUCAAAUGUAGAUAGUGAACUGUCUCCAACUGUUGUUCAAGAGGGUGCCUGUGUCCUGAAUAGAGUAUGUGAUGAUGAUGAGCUGAAUGCUGAUUCCCUGAGAGAUGCUUUGCAGUGUGGGAAAUGCCUUGGCAAAAUAGAUGGCGAUUCAGAUGGAGGAGACCUCACCUUUCGCAUGUCCAUUAAAUGCUCAGGGAAAGUGAGAAGAUGGAUGGAUAUUGCGAGGCUAUCAAGAGAUCUUGCAUGGCGUGUCUCCAAGGCAUCUGGCUGGUCUUCCAGACUUAAAAAUCCUGCAGUUGAGGUAUGUGUCCAUAUCUCAGAUGAUCAUAUGACUGCUGGAGUCCCUCUGACAAAGCUUCCACUCUCCAAAAGAUCAUAUAUAACAGAUCCAGGUUUGAGGGCUCCGGUUGCUUGGAUCAUGUGUCAUCUCGCUGAAGUAAAAGUAUACCAAGCAGGAAGCCACUGUGUCCUUGACCCCAUGUGUGGGAAAGGUACUUUAUUAUUGGAAGCUUGCUCAGAAGUGAAGGAGGCUGAGUAUUUUGGUACUGACUUUGAUUCGACACAGCUAACUACAGCAGCUAUAAAUGUGAAGAAAGCAGGUUUUGUCAACAAUAUUGAGCUGUUGUCUGCAAACAGUCAUAAGUUGCCAUUCCGCCAUGAGGUAUUUGAUGUGGUUUUGUGUGAUGCCCCUUUUGACCAAAAGCACAGUAUCUCAGGCGAUGCUGAUGUGUUCUAUUUCAAGUUUUUGUCUGAAAUUUGCAGAGUACUGAGACACAAAGGUCGAUGUGUUCUCCUCACAAGUCAAGCCCUAAAAGACAAAGUACAGUCUUUCAUGGCGCGCGAUCAAGACAUUUCCAAAGAGGAUUGUCAUCUGUCUGAAUUCAGCCGUCCUCCAGAGCAUGAUGCCACCCUGGGAAACCAGUGUGUACAGUUGUGGUUGGUCUCAGAACAUUAUGUAAAACUUGGAGAAACUCAUGCUUGCAUCAUGGUUUUGAAUAAACUAUGAAGUGCGCUCACCAUAA